GGAAUGCUUAAAAAGUCUUUUGAAUUUUGCUUAUAUCCUGAGUGAGGGUGCGAGCUUCGCUUAUUAAUUUUUACUCCACAAGGUUGUUUCACGUCGGAACCGUCUCUCCAAGCUUUACAUACAACUUUUUUUAUUAUAGUUUUUCGAGAAAAGGUGUUACAGAGGCGAAGGUGACUGAGAUACAUGGCGGAUACAAAGGUUUUUAUUUUUUUCGUUAGCUUGGCUUGGGCAAUCGGCGCAUUUGGGAGGCCAGUAGAAAUUUCGGAGGAAAGAGACAUUGAGGAUGCUGGAUUUCGAACGAUUGACGAAGAUGGAGAUGGUGUUAUUACGUCAGGAGAGUUGAUGAUGGGGCUUAAAAUGCCGGCGGUGAGAGCAAACAAAUAUAUGGUUGCUUUUGACAUGAAUAGAGACGGAGGGCUUCAACUUAGCGAAUUUUUAAAUAUACCCAAUACAUGAACUGCAGUGCCAUGAUUACACCUCAGUAAAUGGAUGCAGUUUAAACAGACGUAGUGGGGAACUGACCACAAAUGGCUUUACAUACCUUUACGUGGUGUAAAACUUUAAACUUCAUUUGGUUGUAAUAAAUGCAAUUGUUUGGGAGGA